GACCAUUUCAGGCCCGGGGAAAUUAAGAAUCCCAUUUUCCUUUUGGUUAUUAUAAAUAGCCGGAUUGCUUUGUAAUUAGCCAUAGCCUUCUCACCCAUCACUUGUCAGUACUUCACAGUUUACCGCACAAUUAACCGGAAGGAGAUCAUCUACCUUAUAAAUUAUUAUAGCUAGAAGGAGAUAAUAUGGGUUGCGAGAUGGAGUUGGCGAUGCGGUGUGUGCUAGUUGUGGCGGCUGCCGUCGCGGCGGUCGGAUUACGGAGUGCGGAGGCACAGACAGUGCACGUGGUGGGAGAUAGCCUUGGGUGGGAUGUUCCUCAAAAUGGUGCGACGGCAUACACCAACUGGGCUUCUACCAGAAAGUUCACUGUUAGAGACAUUCUGACUUUCAACUUCACAACCAAUCAGCACGACGUACAAGAAGUAGCAAAGGCAUCUUACGACGCAUGCACUUCCUCCAAUGCCAUCGGCAACCUCAUCACCACGGGGCCGGCUAACGUCACCCUCUCUACCGCCGGCGAGCACUACUACAUCUGUACCAUCGGCCAGCACUGCCAGCGCGGCCAGAAGUUAACCGUUAACGUCUUGGCUGCAGACGGCACCCCUUCUCCGGCGAGCAGUCCUCCGCCCUCGACUACUCCGGCGACGCCGUCCCCAGGUUCCGGCAGACACACUCCCGCCGAUUGCGCUCCCACCCCCACACCAACAUCUUCCAACACUCCCUCGUCGACGACUCCGGCCACCUCUCCCCCUUCUUCAUCAUAUUCUGUAGGUUCUAGUUUAUUUAUCUCCUUCGCUUCCAUUGUGAUGGGUUUGUUUCUUUAGAUCGAUAAUGGAGGGGGAUUGAGAUGAGCUAGCUAGCUUCAAAGAGUGCUUCGCUUCAUGUUUGGCAUACAGUAUACAUACUUAUUUUGGGGUUUUUGUUUCUUUUAUUUAUUUUUUUUUUGGGAAUAAACUAGGGGUCAUUUUUCUUUAAUAUAAUUGAUCAAUUUUAUGUUGAUGAAUUAAUAUUUCGUGUAUGAUGUUUAGAGUGUAUAAAAUCAUCAAUAAAAUUAAUAAAGCAUAAUUUUGCAUGCA